AGCGCAUUGAUUUCGCCUCCAUUCCCAUCCGCUACAGCAACAACCAGACAACACUCACCGGCACGCAGACGCUCUCAGCAAGAGGCAAGAGGCCCGGCAAACAAUGGCGGAAUACCAGGGGGAGUACGGGCACCCGUACCCGCGCGUCGACCAGUACGGCAACCCCGUGCCGCCGGUGGACCAGUACGGCAACCCCGUCCCGAGGGAGCCAGCGUCUGGUUUGGGCGGCACCGCUCCCGCCUACAGCAGCACCGGCGACAGUAGUGUCGCGCCUGUCGAGUACGGUGCCCGCGCGGAGUACGCCAGCGGUGGCGUCGCAGCAGUCGCACCAGGCGAGACGGCGCUCGCGUACGAGGGGAUGGUCGGUGGCGGACACCUCCAGCCGACCAAGGAGGAGCACACGUUUGGUCCGGGCGCGCAGCUCCAGCCGACCAAGGAAGAGCACACGGCGACACUCGGCGAGAAGCUGAGGCGCUCCGGCAGCUCUAGCUCCAGCUCCAGCUCGUCCUCCGAGGAUGACGGCCAAGGUGGGCGCCGGAAGAAGAAGAAGAAGAGCAUCAAGGAGAAGAUAAAGGAGAAGCUCCCAGGCAGCCACAAGCACGAGGAGCACAAGGCUGGGCACGUGGCGCCGGCGACGACGACGACGACGGGGACGCAUGCAGCGGGGACGCACGAGAAGAAGGGUUUCAUGGAGAAGAUCAAGGAGAAGCUGCCGGGACACCACCACUGAGUGUGCCCCUCGGUGACUUUGAGGGGUCCAGAAUCGACGAAUCGUGUGUGCACGCACACGUCGCUGUGUACUGUGUAUAAGACAUAUAUGUGUCUACGUACUUCCUUCGUUUAGGUUUGGCUCGGACUCGGAGUUACGUUGUUGGGCUCGUGUUUUUGUCUCUGUAGUCGAUAUGUUGGCUCUCGCGACUGUCAAUUAGUCUUGUCUCGUAUGGUGUAUGAACUAGUAUGAAUUUUGGUUGCAUUGCACCAAA